AUAAGCCUUUGCAACAGCUCAGUGGCGCUAGCUGCUAAGCUAGCUGGUUCAGUUGGUAAUCUGUCAGCCUGGAGCUAAAAGCACGCUCACCGCUGGGCUUUACACUCUUCCGGAUUACUCGCAUUUGAUAGCUGAAGAGGUCCCUCUAAAGUGAUUACAACUUGAGAUCAAGAGCAGACGCACCACCCAUGCUGCCACAGUGGAUCUGCUGUCACUAUGCUACAGAGAGAAGAAUAACAUUUGUCUCAUUUUAAUUCCUGGAGUUGCUUCAGACAGAGUUGAGACCUGCAUAAAAAGCUGCUGCUCUAAGCCAAGUUGCUCUUUUUUUUGCCUCAGCCUAUUUCUUUGCAGCAUAGUGUGCAAACUGUUAUGGCUCUGGAGGCCAACUAAGCUAAAGGACAAAACUGGAGGAUUAUACUUUGCAGUGGGAGUGAGGACUAGAGCAGUAGAGCGGGCCCACAGUGACAAACAUCAUGCUGUGGGGACACUAGGGUCCCUGUUUGAGCCCCCCUCUGUGUGGUGUUUGUUUUUUCUUCUUCUCUGCAGUCUCCUCAGUUUGGAUGGUUGAGUACAAGGGCUACUUUGAAGGAGACCACCGGUGGCUGUGGUUUGGCCAAAGCUGACAGACUGCUUGCCAGCUAUUGCUGAUUUAAAACACUUGUCCAGUAAUACCACUGCUGUAGCCCACUUCGCUGUGGUCUCCAGUAUGGUGAGCGGAGGCUGGAGGCUUCAUAGGACUGGAACUGAACCAUCAACACUGGUGUAGCUUGUUACUUUCCAUAUUUUUUUCAGCACUGUGAAGGAUUACAUUCCACUUUUCAAGGACUUUUUCCCUUUGUGUGGGGAAAAAACAGACAAGGUCAUUUCUUAAAAAUCGAAACCCGGAAAGUGGACUGCUGCAGGGGAGGAUGAAGCUGAGGAAACAGGUGACAGUUUGUGGAGGGGCCAUAUUCUGUGUGGCUGUGUUUUCACUGUAUUUGAUGUUGGAUCGAGUCCAACAUGACCCUGCAAGGCGACAGAAUGGCGGGAACUUUCCACGGAGCCAAAUCUCUGUUCUGCAGAACCGGAUAGAGCAGCUGGAGCAGCUCCUGGAGGAAAACCACCAAAUCAUCAGCCACAUAAAGGACUCUGUGAUGGAGCUCACAGACACAGGAGCUGUGUCUCCCAGUGGCCACCUGCCUUUCAGAAGUGCCAACGGUUCCUGGGUCCUUCCCUUUGACGGCCGCCCCACUUUCCUCGCUGUAAAGCCCCAGGAUUGCCAAUUUGCUGUAGGCAGCCGUAGUCAAACAGACGUUCAGAUGCUGGAUGUGUACUCUCUUCUAAAGUUUGACAACCCUGAUGGAGGUGUAUGGAAACAAGGCUUUGACAUUACUUAUGACCCUGAAGAGUGGAAUAAUGAACCGCUGCAAGUGUUUGUGGUCCCUCACUCCCAUAAUGACCCAGGUUGGAUCAAGACUUUUGACAAGUACUUCACAGACCAGACACAACACAUUUUAAACAACAUGGUGGUGAAGCUGGCCGAGGAUCCUCGGAGGAAGUUCAUCUGGUCGGAGAUUUCAUUCUUCUCCAAGUGGUGGGAGAGCGCAGACAUACACAAACAGGAGGCGAUGCGCAAACUGAUCCUCGGAGGGCAGCUGGAGAUUGUGACAGGCGGAUGGGUGAUGACGGACGAAGCAAACGUUCACUACUUUGCCAUGAUAGACCAGCUUAUUGAAGGGCAUCAGUGGCUGGAGAGAAAUCUUGGCAUAACUCCCCGCAGCGGGUGGGCUAUCGACCCUUUCGGCCACAGCUCAACAAUGCCCUUCCUGCUGAAGAGAGCCAACCUGACCAGCAUGCUCAUCCAGCGGGUCCACUACUCCAUCAAAAAACACUUUGCCUCCACCCGGAGCCUGGAGUUUAUGUGGAGGCAGGCAUGGGACACUGGAUCCAGCACGGAUAUGUUUUGCCACAUGAUGCCAUUCUACAGCUACGAUGUGCCUCACACAUGCGGGCCUGACCCAAAAAUCUGCUGCCAGUUUGAUUUCAAGAGGCUACCAGGUGGUCGCAUAAACUGUCCGUGGAAAGUGCCACCAAAAACUGUGGUGGAAGCCAAUGUAGCAGAGAGGGCAAACCUGCUCCUGGAUCAGUAUCGUAAAAAGUCCAAACUCUACCGCAGCAAGGUGCUCCUCGUCCCCCUGGGAGAUGACUUCCGCUAUGAUAAGGCCCUUGAGUGGGAUCAGCAGUAUAUGAACUACCAGAAACUGUUUGACUACAUGAAUUCCCACCCAGAGAUGCACGUACAAGCUCAGUUUGGGACUCUCACAGACUACUUCAACGCUGUAUACAAAGAACACAAAGUAGCUCCAGGAUCCAGACCUGCAGACUUCCCAGUGCUCAGUGGAGAUUUCUUUGCCUAUGCGGACCGUGAAGACCACUACUGGACUGGAUAUUUCACAUCCCGGCCUUUUUACAAGAGCUUGGACCGUGUGAUAGAGUCACACCUCAGGGGGGCAGAGAUUCUCUACAGCUUGGCGGUUGGGAAUGCUCGCCAUGCAGGUAUGGAGGGGCGGUACCCGGUCUCAGAUUAUGCCCUGCUGGUCGAUGCAAGGCGGUCUGUUGCUCUCUUCCAACACCACGAUGCCAUUACAGGCACUGCUAAAGAAAAUGUUGUUGUCGACUAUGGCACCAGAUUACUGCGUUCACUUAUUGGCCUGAAGAGAGUCAUCGUCAAUGCUGCUCAUUUUCUGGUGAUGAAGAACAAAGAGUUUUAUCGCUUUUACCAGACAGAGCCAUUCCUAGAGACGGAUGACAGGCGGGCUACACAAGACUCUCUGCCUCAGCGCACUUUAAUCGAGCUGGACCCAGCAGGGCCGAGGUAUGUGGUUCUGUUCAACCCCAUCGAGCAGGAGCGGCUGUGUGCGGUGACUGUGUUGGUCAACACGGUCAGGGUGCGGGUGCUCACAGAGGACGGACAGACUGUCCCUGUGCAGCUGAGUGCUCAGUGGAGCUCUGCCACUCAAAUGAGUGCAGAGGUGUUUGAGGCAACGUUCAUGGUUCGCCUGCCACCCCUGGGUCUUGCUGUUUUCCAUAUUUACGAUGCUCCUGACUCGCCCAUGACGUUACGCUCAGACACCCUGCUGAGGCUGCCCGGUCGGGGUGCCACCGCUCGGGCUGCUGAUCCCCUCCCUGUUCGCUCGCAGCAGUCGGACCCUCAGACCUUCUACAUCAGCAGUCAGUCUCUCACUCUAGGCUUCUCUGGAUCCACUGGCCUUUUGGAGAGUAUCAAGCGUAAGGAUGAUCCUCAGGAAGUAAAGGUUCAGAUGCAGUUCAUGGUUUAUGGUACUCGCCCCUCCAAAGACAAAAGUGGAGCGUACCUCUUUCUACCUGAUGGCAAAGCGAAGCCCUACAACCAGAAAGAGCCUCCGGUGGUACGUGUUGUGGAGGGGCCCCUCUUUUCGGAGGUGGUGGCACACUACCAGCACUUUCAGCAGACCAUUCGCAUCUACAAUGUGCCAGGCGUGGAUGGGUUGUCUAUUGAGAUCAGUACCAUGGUGGACAUCAGAGAUCAGACUAAUAAAGAGCUGGCCAUGAGGCUGGUCACUGACAUCCAGAGUGGAGGCGUCUUCUACACGGAUCUUAACGGCUUCCAGAUUCAGCCUCGCCACCAUCACCUAAAGCUCCCCCUGCAGGCCAACUUCUACCCCAUGCCUAGCCAGGCGUACAUCCAGGACAGCCAUCACCGCCUCACACUGCACACAGCUCAGUCUCUGGGCGUCAGCAGCCUGGAGAAUGGCCAGCUUGAAGUGAUUAUGGACCGGCGGCUGAUGCAGGAUGAUAAUCGUGGGCUGGGUCAGGGCCUGAAGGACAACAAGAAGACGGCAAAUCGCUUCCGUCUGCUGCUGGAGAGGAGAUCCACGGGCAACAAGAUGCAGGACAGUGCAACAACCAGCUUCCCAUCCAUACUCAGUCACAUGACCAACGCCUUCCUGAACCACGAGGUCCUUGCGCUGCCCGUCCUGCCUAAAAGACGCGGGAUCCCUCCUCUGCAAACCUUCGCCCCUCUGAAGUCCAUCAUGCCGUGUGACUUCCAUCUCUUGAACCUGCGCAGCAUCCAGAGCCAGCAAGACCCCCACUCUCCGUCUCAGUACACAGCUAUGAUUCUUCAUCGUCUGGCACUGGACUGCGGCAUUGAGGCUCAGAACCUGGGCUUCAACUGCACCACCACACAGGGGCAGCUGAAUGUAUCAGGACUUUUUAAGAAUCUGGAUGUGCAGCUGCUGCAGCCCGUCUCCCUGACUCUGAUGCACUCCAGCACGCCUCUGGCCAACGACUCGUCCAUAAACCUCGAUCCCAUGGAGAUCUCAGCCUUCAAGCUCAAGCUGCGCUAAGAGCUGUCCGCACUCAGAGGCAAUAAAAAACACCAAAAGCAGACUCCUUGGAACCAAGAACCAGGCCCACGCCAGCCACAGACUGGCAUCAGAGAGGUCUGAGUCUCUCUGUUUUUGUUGAGCAGAACCACAAAACACCAAGGAUGGGAGAGGACAGUCAACUGUAACAGGACUGAGUGCACAGCAGGGGGCAGGUGGUGGCUGUGGAUCUCUAUGAGAGAAGAUAAAAACUGAAGCUGGCAGAAACAGACUGCACAGAUCAGAAGCAGCCGUGAAACUCUCUGUUAUCAAGUCCUCUUUGUAAGAACUCGUCUUUUUCUAUCUUCACUCCAUCCUGGACUGAACUACUGAAUGUAAAUAUAUCCAAAAUGACCUGAGGGUUGGGGGCUGGGACUCGUGCCACAUCAGAGUGCAAUUUAAAAAGCUUUAUUUGAUGUAUUGGUUUUUAUUUUUUUUUCUAUGUACGCAGUGAAGAAGACACAUCACAGCAAUUCCUUUUUUUGUACUUGACUGCAAUUAAUUUUUUGUUCCAGACAGACUCGAAUGCAGCAAAGAGAAUGUGUUGUCUCUUCAUCUCACCUGCGCCGCUGCGGCUCUUUAAGCUAACGAUGUCCUGAGAGUGUCACGUCGGUCACUAUGCGAUAAAAAAAUGUGAUCUCUUACCAUAUCAGACGACUGUUUGCCUUCUGUUGGCUGCUUAUAGAUGGUCUGAACACUUUUCUUUCACCCCUUCUGCCGAUAGUAGAAAAUCUGUGGAGGAGGAUCUGUGUUCCUGUCAGUCAUUCCUGCGCUUGUACUUCACUGCUGAGAGUUUGGCUGCGUUUACCACGCUGUAUGCAGUAGAAGAGUAGACAAAGACUAUACCUCAUUUAUUCCACGUGGCAGAUAUAUCAGUAUGUGUGCUGUGUGUGUAUGUUGAUGUGAGAUUACAGUGUGCACUAUCAGGGACCAUUCACAGCACUGUCAGGUCUACUAGGACUCUUUGGGAAGUGGGGGGUGGUCAUAUCAUUUCGGGAGGCGUUGAUAAAAAAAAAAAAAGUGAGGCAAACUUCGUCCAGUUGCAUCAUUAUCUUUAAGCUGGUUUUAUUUUCUAAUAUCUGCCUUGAGCCUCCUUCAACAUUUGUUUGCAUAAUUGAUUAACCCUUGUGAAAAAUGUCGAAAAUACUGAAGUUUGCCCGAAGCUAUCAGUGAACUCUGAUACAUAGCCACAAGUAGCACAAACUCAUUUGAAAGGCAGAAAUCUAAGAGGAGGUUUCAUUCUUUUCUCACUAAAUGAACCUGAAACUUAUUUAAAUUAUUGAAAUUGCUGUCCAUAAAUUUUCCUUCCCUCAUUUCAGCACUUUAUCUGACUUUAACACCCACAUACAGUGAAGAUAAUGGAGUCUGAUUUUUUUUUGUGCGCAAUACAUUAAAAAGUUUUAUUCAGAAAAAAAGAGACAGCAUCCUGUCAUUCCUGAAGAAUUGCCCCCGUAGUUUGAGAUAAUUCACAAACCAUGCUGCGAGUACAAAAUUAGAUUCUCUUUUCAAGUAAUUUUUAAUCCUGUUGUCCUGAAAUUGGAAAGUGGUUAGAAAGCAUACAAACAGCAAUAGGAAUAUUAAAACAUGCUUGAUUUUCAGUGAGCUUGUUGACUUUUAUACAACCACACAUCUCAAACGAGAUCGAGCUGCUGCUCAAAAUGAAACCAGCUCAGCUUAAGAAGCAUCCCCAAAACAAUCAGAAGAGGAUUUUUGACAUUCAGAUGUUCCAGGCUGCACAUAUUAAACACUAAACUAUGUUAAUUUCCUGUAUGAUGACUGAUAUGUCUUAUCCAAAUGGGAAGCUGUGUUUCCAUGUGUGAAAACUGUGGGUGGGACACUUUCUGGAAGAUGUUGCUGCUAAAUUUUUAGAUGUAAUUUUUCAAAGCUGUGAGUGCUUUGAGCCCAACUCCAUUCAUCUCCAUCGGUGGCAGAAAUCUCCAGAGGGAUUUCUCAAAAGCUCGACACAUGAAACAAAACUGCCUUUCAAGGCACGACUAAAUUACUUGAGAGGGAGAAAUGUGUUAAUUUGAGUGAGACGGCCCUUUUAAGUUGAGUCUAAACAAACAAUCCUCAGCUCCUCCAAAUGGAGCUUUUAAUUUGAGUAUUUCAGCUCCACACUUCUUCUUUUCUUGACCUAAGGCAUUUUUUCCACCUCCUCAGCAGCCGUGGAGGAUGUUGUCAUCUGUGUCCAAGGCUGAGACCGGACGCCUCAUGGCUUACCUGUGUCGCACUUUGUGCUGCACCAGCAUCUCCCCCUUUCCCCCGCUGUGUCCCAUCACUUUAACCACUCAUCUCCUUCAUUCUCCAAGAGGCCUCCUGCUGCUCCCCACUCUCUUUCUCCUCUGCUUCACGUCUGCUUUCUAAAGCUGAAUAAACCACACUUUCUCCUUCGCUUAAAUGUUUCUGUGAGACCAGACUCCACUGCUUCCUGAACAGCACUUUCUCCUGCCGUCUUAUGACCUUGCCUCCGUCUUUUCUGUGUGUCUGAGUCUGUAUUAAUGUCUUUCUUUUUUAUAAAAUGUGCUAUCUGUGUAGCGCUAUUUCUGUUUUUUUCAGAGGUAAUAUAUGAAGGCAAGUUCUCGUCUGUGUCUAUUAAUUCAUGAUGGAUUAACGCUGCAGGGGAACAGAAGAAUAAAUGAAUAAAAAUCACUUUAUCCGAAACUAAUUAGAUUUCCUUAGUCUUAAUGCACCUGUAAAUCCUGACUUUAUUCAGCGUGUUUCUGGGUUUCCUUUGUGUGAGUGAGGAGCUUCUCUUUUCUCUGUCAGUAGGGGGCAACAUUGAGUCAGUGUGGCUGCAGAGUCAAUGCCUUCAUGUGUUGUUAGUUUGAGGAGAGUGUUGGGGAUAAAAGCAGGGCUUUAAUUACCAGUAGUGACAAAACAGAGCAGGGAAAGAAAUCCCUUAUUAAUAAAAGAAAAGCAAAAUCAGAGUUUGUUGCUGUAAAAGUUUAAGACAGAACCAGCAGUUUUUUUAUACACAUAUUAAUGUGUAUGUUUAUUUGAAAAAUAAUGAUCAGAUCUUAAAAUUUCCUUAUCAUUUUGUAAGCAUGUGCAUACUAGCCUGUGUACUAUAGAGCAGUGAAGGAGGGCUGCAGGAUGCUUUCCAAAAAAGACAAUGUGAAAUGCAAAAUGAUUCAUAGGGGUAUAUUUUUUCCAUAGAAAAUAUCCUUUGAAUGUGUCAGAUUUGAAAUGAAACAUAGUUAUUGAGAUGCUUGAGUACAGGUAAUUUGUAAAAAAAAAUGCACUACAGUGUAAAUUCGUACAUGAUGCUUUGCGCAACAUCGUACACUCAAACCACCUCCAGGGGUGAUGCUGGUCUCCGCUCUCUGCUGCUGUUAUUUUGGGGGUCACAGGCUAAAAAGAUUAGGAACCACUGCUUUAGAAAGCUUAUUGAAUAAUAAGACAGAAUGCCACAGGUGCUUUUAUUAUGAAAGCUUUUUUAACUUUAUGAAGUCAAUAGCUUUCUCCUGGAUCUCUGCCAAGCUACAACUAAUUAUAUCAACAUUUUUAUUCAUAGAAAAUAAUUAUGAAUGUCAUCUGUUUAGAUGAAAUCCUUUACUGGAUUUGGAUUGUCAGAAAGAUUUUUAUGCUGUUUUUAUCAAUCAAGACAGAAGUUGAGAUUCUGAUGGUGACUUUAAAACCAUUGUUUUGUUCUGACAAAUGUAUAGAGCAGUGUUACUCAACACGUGGCUCUUUUGUGAUGAUUUGUGGCUCUUUUAUGUCUUAAUUUGAAAUAUUAUUCCCUUAGAAAACCUUAAAAAAUGGAAACCUCUAACCCCAGAAAAGAUCCAUUGACAGUCACUUUAAUCCGUUUAGUUCCCACACUUAUACAGUAGGUUUUAAUUGCCAAACUUAAUUGUCAAGCAUUAUUUUUUGUCUGUAUAUUUUGAUUGCCCUUAUUAGCAAUUUUUCCUUUUUUU